GCUUUAGGAGAGAUUUCGCCAAAAAAAACUGAGUAGCUUGCGUAGUGGUGUUUGAUUUAGGGUUUUUUCGGUUCAUAGGUUUUCAAAAAAAAAUUGAGCAGCCUGAGGGUUAGGGUCUCAUCUUCUGCCACAGUUGUUCGUAGAGUUGCUAUUCCUUGUUCGCCGCGCGUGUGCCGUGAGCCUCUAGCAGCUACCAACUUCCGCGCUUUUCGUGCCAGAGGCCCAAGCAAAUCAUGACGCGACGCGCCAGCUUGUUGAUUGUCUGCAUAGUCCUCUCUUUUUGGUGCCAAGGUGAGGGACUGGAGCAACACUCUCAUGAGGUGGACUCAGGAGGAAGGGUUACUCGUCUUGGUCCAGGUAGACCCAGGCGCAUCCGCAAGGCAACGAACACGCCGCGCGGUCUCAAUAACAUUUUGGAGAUUAUGGAAGGUGCACAGAGUGCGUCAGAGAAAAAGCGUCAUGUGCAACGCUGUGCCUGCAUAUUAUUGAGAAAGCGUUUCUUGGUAUGCAAGAAGGGGCGUGUAUCAUAAGGAAAUGCCUAGGAUUGCGGAGAGAAUUUCUAACAUUUCGUUUAUACAGGUGUUGGGGAUGGUUCGCGAUACUGAGGAGUUCGCGCUAGAAGUGCUUUCAGGAGACGAAGACGAUCUAGGCCUGGUGCCAAGCUCCGAUAUUAAGAAGACUGUGAACCAACUGCUGGGCGAGAAGCGGCGCGCGGACGUCGUGUUCGACGCAACACAAAUAAAUGCUGCGAUACUCUUCGCUCAGCUAAUCGACUUCGACAAGGCAUGCGACGUAAAGGAGCCUCUGUUGGGCUUCCGGGAAUAUAUGGACACACUUACAGAGUAGUCUACUUUUGAAAGGGUGCUGCCAGUGUUCUGGUGAAUGCUGAUUUCUCACUUUUUUUGCUUCUGUGUCCCCUGCCUCCCUCAGCUUACGCACCCUACGCUCCUAAUCGAUCAUAGCUGCCGCCUUGGUGUGUGUGAAUAUGUUCUAAUUAUAGGAGGGAUAGCACAAGUGAGACGCUGGCGCAGCUCGUGACGCCGCGCAGGACCAUGCUUGAAAAUCUAGUCGUAGCCUUCAAUUCUGGGGUCUCCGAUUUUCUGAAGCUCAAGCGGUCGGAAAAUAUGAGUAUGAGUCUAGGAAACUGCAACGUCGACAUCGGUAGCACACAGUCGAAUUCGAUACUCAAUGCAAUCACAGAAGCGGAAGGGGCUAUGCAAGAAUCAGCUGGGAACCCUGAUGUUUUGUUCGGCUUCGCUGAGGCUGAAGGUAGCACGCAGUAGUUAUUCUGCUAUGCGAGUGUUUUUGUUGCAUAGAUAUAGAAGAAGCAAAAGCGAAUUUUGUGUUGACUGAGAUCGUCGGCAAAACCACAGGGAAUAUUCCUUCCGCUAACUAUGAUUGAAACAUCCGCACUUUCAGGGAUUUGGAGGGCGAGCAUUGCAGAAGACCGUUGA